AUGACAGAGGAUAACGUACACUCUUUAUUGAAAUGUGAAGAAUGCGAAGUCGAGGCGGGGGAAUUCCUGUGCAAGAACUGCCCAGGAUAUUUGUGUACAAGAUGUAAAAUCGAACACACUCGGCGGAAGAUCACUGGGCAUCAUAAUAUCUCGGCACUUCCUCCAAAGAACGCUAAAAAACUGAGGAGGCACAUAACUGACAGACCGAAACAAACGGCAUGCAUCGAGACGGAUCUUGAAUAUCAGCUUGGGGUCAGAUGUUUAACUACGACGAAGGUUUUACUAUUCGGCAAUGAUCGUGAUAUCCGAAUAAUUGACGAUAAGAAUUGCAACCUUGUCACAAUAACUACCGAUACAGAAAAAUCUCCCGAUGGAAUAGCAAUUCUACAUGAUGACAGCAUUUUGUACAGUGAUAUCGAAACCAAACGGAUUCUGCAAGUUACAGAAGGGGGCGGAUCUCGGACUUUGCUGACCACUGACUGGUGUCCGGCCGGGCUAUGCGUUACUCAAUCCGGUCACAUUCUUGUAGGUCUCUUUCACGACUCAACUUAUGUCACCGACCAGAAGGGUAAAGUUGAGGAAUACACACUAUCCGGAAGUAAGGUAAGGGAGAUCACCGGGGAGGACCGGAAAUUAUACAGUCGCCCAGAAUACAUCGUCGAAAACUUUAACCAGGACAUUAUAGUCAGUGAUUAUAACCUUAAAAAGAUUAUUGCUGUCAAUGAAAAAGGGCAAUUUAGAUUCUCCUACAGCGGCAUGUGCUCAAAACAGAAAUCAGAGCAAUUCUUGCCCAUGGGGAUUGACGUAGACACUCUGGGUGACGUCAUUAUUGCAGACCAGUUUAGACACAGUGUUCAUGUGAUUGACAAAGACGGUGCCUUUGUUCGUUUGCUUCUGAGGGAGGCGGCUGGAAUUCAGGAGCCACAUGGCCUAUGUUUUGACGGAGUGGACUCUAUAUGGGUGGCUGAACUGGAGUCACGAAAAGUGAAAAGAUUUAGGAUCUUAAAAAAGUAAAUCCUUUACAGGAUAACAUUGUGUUAAAUCCCAAGUGUUAAAGAUUUGAAAUCCAUUCAUUGUUGAA